AUGGCCAGGGUGGAGGAAGUGCCGUGCAAACAGUGCGGCCAGAUUUUUCACAAUCGAGGGGCAAAGGAACAGCACGUCGCCCGGGGAUGCGACUACCGCCACGAUCGCUCAGCCACCCUCAGAUCCCAUCUUCAGCGUGUGCAUGAAGAAGAGACACCGCCCGUGCCCGCAACACGUGUUCCAACCAAUGAAUGCCCUUCUGCUGGCCUAAAACAAAGGCGCGUGCGUACACGGAAGCGUGGCGUCAAGCUUGAUAAGCAGCAGGGUGUUGUUGGGGCUCGGAUGUUCAUGACCGACAUUGGCUGCUUGGUGACUCCCGCGUCUUCAGGGCUGGUGUGUACUCAUUGCGGCCAUGUCCUCAGUGGUAAUGUGCCCCAACACCUGUUCAAAAAGCACCAUGUUCGGUGUAGUCAAGAGGACAUUGAUGCAGCCACGGCGCUCCUGCGCUCUGAGCAGCCCGAGGAGCCGACGGAGGAUGUUGCAACAGAGACUGGGCCGCGUGCACCCGUGGAAGGCAUUCCGAUAUUGGACGGCGUGAGUUGCCCCGUUUGUCAGGCAUGCUUCACGACGAAGAAUAGCCUGCACUUUCAUUUGCACAACAAGCACGUUGGUGACCCCGAUAUCAAUCAGCCGCCUCGACGUGUCAAGCUGCAAAAGCCGCUGCGCGGUGCUGGAGCCCGCUGUGUCGAGGUCAUUGUCGAAGAAAGCCACGACGCCUCGGCAGCCGACGUCAGCGAGAACGAGGAGGAGCUGGAGGAGCAGCAGCGGUUUAAGCAGUUCAUCUCAAGCACCCAGGUCAUGGCGUCAGAGGCCGAGGAGAAGCGCUGCCCGCACGGCGUUCACCAGAUGCACCCGUUCUACGAUAGCGUGGGCAUGACGCUGAUCCUGAACGAGCUAACCCCAGAGCAAAUUCUCAAGCUAGGCCACGACACCCCACCCGCACAACUCGUGUCGGGCAUGCAAGAGCUCUUGUGGGAGGCUCACGAGCAAUUGUCCCAGCACGGUCUGGCGGCUGCUUCCGUGGCGUCCUUGUUCGAAGCUGAAGAGUUUCAAGUUCAGCCACAAUCUUUACCCCAAAUAUCUCCUGGCACAAUGAGCAGGUACCUGAACAUUGGGGCGCGCCUGGUGCAUUUUUUACUGCUACUGGACGCAAUGCCAGCCCUCGAGCCAUCCAGCUUUUUGAGCCAGGUGCUUGCCAGCCGUGGGGAGGCCAUAACUACAGCUGCCUUGGCCGUGCAAGAGGCGCUGGAUGCGGGACUGAGCGGGGAGGAUCUUGUCGAGCCCCUCGCGACCCUGUGGCUGGCGCUGGUGAAUGCAGAGCUACAUCUGUUUGACAACGACAAGGUGCACUUUGUCAACGUGUUUUUGUUGUGCACGGCCGUGUCCAAGGGAAGCGGUGUCUUGCAGGACAUCCGGCGCUGGUCCACGACGCUGGCCGGCCUGAUUUAUAUUUUCAAGCUGUUUUUGCUCCGGUUUGGCAAGACACAGCGAUGGGCCACUGCGGGUAAACUCAGGCCUUUUCUACAGUCUGGACGGCUGGUGCAUUUUUUGAGCCAGCGCAUGGCGGCGGCUCGCUCUGCCAGCACGGCCGAGGGGCAGGUUGGAGUGGAUAUUGACGUGCAAACGGACGGGAACAUGACGGACGAGGCGCUGCACACUAUCGUUUGUCAAGGUGUUGAACUCAACGUGAAAGAGAUUGGGGCCGCCCUGGCACAGAUGCGCAACGAUAUGAAGGAGGUCUUGGACACCCACCUCUUGCUGGGAUCUGGUCUGCGAGAGCAACACAUUGGCGAGUAUGCUCGGCUACGGUCGAAGGAGGAUCGGACCAACAGGGUCAAGAAUUGGUGGGUGGGCCAUGGCAGCCCAGCUGAGCGGGCCCUUCUUGAUCACAUUGGUCAGACUCCAAGCUUGCGGCAAGAAUUUAUACAAACAGAUUAUGGGCCAGACGGAGUCAAUGAAGAGCCGACCUUUCGAGAAGACCGCGUGCGGGAAUGGCUUCUAUUUGUGGGAAGGUUCAACCAGCUGGCGCUCACCUACACGCACAUGGCUGGAGAUGAGCAGCACACCUUUCGGUACAUGGACGAGGAAGUUAGCAAGCUGAUUUUCAUGUAUUUGCUCUUGUGCAAGCCUCUGGAGCAGAUGCUAACCAGCUGGCUGGAGAAGCGGGGCGCUCUUCAAACCCCUCGCGAUGGCGGGCGUGGAACCUACGACAAUGAUCAGGAAGAGGAGGAUCUAUUGGAGGACGAGCAGGAUGAAGACCACAUGAGCCACGAUGAUGUCAUGACCUUGCGACGCGAGGUACAGGACGCUCAACGCCACUAUAACAACAGCCACCUGCUCUUCAACAUUGCGCCUCUGGAGACCAUGCUUAGCCCAGCCUCCAUCUACGCUGCCUUUCGUCGACAAAUGACCGCCUACCUGCAUCAGCCAACGCUGGGGGUGGCAAAGUGGCGACACGCCGCGACCUUCUGGAUGACAACAUUCGUGACAAACCAGCUCUUUGCCGACCCCGCGGGCACUUUGGGUAGCCUGAUGCGCACCCAGACACAACCCUCGGGGAACAUGGCCAAAGACUUCUUUGCUACCGCAACAAGCAACCAAUUGCAAGCCAAAAUGUCAUCACGUCUGAUGCAUCAGCUGGCCUCACAAAGCUGGCAUGCCUUCUUGGGUCUUGACCGCAAGCGCAGCGUGGCCGAGCUCACAGCCGCCAAGGAAGCUUUGGAAGCUCGCCACCCCAUAAGCUGGAGCGGGUCAUCAAAACUUGCCGCAGACGGGCGCAUCAUCAUGGAUACGCAAGCUGAGCAUGAUGUAGCCUACAUGACCCAACUGGCCCAGCAGACACGCAUCUCGUGGGGCCACGGCUUUAAAAGCCAAGAACAAUUGGACCUGGCAGCGGCCAUUGACCAGCAUCGGGCCGAGGAUGGCUGGCUGAUUGUUGUGGCGCCAUUAGACAUGGACAAGACGCUUUAUACCAUGCCCAAACUGGGUUGUCACCCGCAUGCCGGCACGGUGCUGUGGAUUGUGCCUUUUGCGACCUUGGCAGACAAUUUGCUGCGGCGUUUGCAAGCGGCUGGCCACAGUGCGAAAAGGUGGCUGGGCCCCUCGACGCCGGUAGCAGCUGGCCUCGAUGUGCUUAUCAUCACGACUGACAAGUUUGUUUGCGCAGGGUCUGACGCCUUGCACGCACGUGCUUGCUUUCAGGGCAUCCGCACUGUGGUUAUGGACGAGGCGCACACGCUCAUCUCUGAUGCCAGCCAGCGGAACAUGAUGGCUCAAGUCGGGGCCUGCGUGGCCUCUGGCGGAUGGACCAACAUUAAGCGCGUGGCUUUGACCGAUACUUUAUGCAUGUGCGACCAAGAGCGGCUUUUUCGACAGCUGGGUCAGCAAGCAGGGGGCAAACUGUACCGCCUGGAAACAAUGCAUCACAAUGUGGAGCUGCGUGUGCAUCAUGGCGACCAGCGGGCCUUCUUGUCGCACGUGCAAGGUCUUGUAGACAGGCAGCGGAUGACGUGGCAGGAAAAUGAGGAGCGUGUGCACAUGAUGGUCUUUUGUGACACGGUGAGCGAGGUGAAGCUGUUGUGUGACCAGCUGCACGCACGCGGCUAUGCAGCCUUGCCUUAUUAUGCAGACUUGGAAGAGAUGGCGCAGAAGGAACAUCUGGCACGGUGGCAACAGAGUGAAUGCGACGUCAUUGUGGCCACCAGCUGUUUGAGCAUAGAUGUGGACCUGUUUACCGUCCGUCACGUGCUGUGGUAUGGCAGUGGCCAUGACGUUUAUACUCUGGUCCAGGCUCCCUGUGACGUGUGCACGAACAUGGCACAGGAAGUGCAGCCAAGCAGCGUCUCACAGAGUGAACGUGUCGCUCAAUCGGGCGAGACUGCACUGGAACCAGUGAUGGCUGAUGCAUUGCCACGGCCAAGUGCUGAACGACUUAAUGCAGCCACCGCAGAGCCCAUGGCCGUGCCAGAUUUACCCACGAUGUCAGAUCCCGAGCUUCAGGCACAACGACAGGAAGAAGCUCGGGCGCAGCCAGUGCAAUACAGUGACAAUCGUCAACCUCUAGCAUCCGGCGUGACGACAGCCUCUGAAGCAGGCUCGGCCAUGGGUGAUGCUUUGCCAAGACCACGUGCAGCGCGGCUUGACGAAGAGGCCGCAGAACCCAUCAUGUCCCUGCCAGCAACACCAACGGCAUCUGACUUUGAGCUUGAGUUUGAUUCUCUGACAGACCUUCAAGAAGAUGAUGCACCAUGUUCUUCCGUGCCAGGUCUGCGGGCCAAAACCACGUCAGAGAGUGAAGGUGUGCCUCGGCCCGCAACAGAAGCUGCAGCUUCAAACGAGGCUAAGCAGACUUCCACGGCUUUAUUGCCUCGUCUUGGAGCACCGCUGCCAUCUCUACCGGUACCUUCGGCCUUGCCGAUGCGUUUGCCCGUGCCAUCUGCUUCCGAUGCCUUGUCACCACGGCCCCGAGCAAACGCGCCCUCGGCAGCGCUGCGGCUUACGCGUGCCCAGGCUCUGGCGGAACGCACAGCUGCCCAAGACUCACCCAUGGAGAGCUCUUCCGAUUGUGACGACCCUAUUUAUGCAGACCCUGCCGCAGAGGCUGAGGCCACGCAGCACCCUUGCUCUUUGUUGGGCAACCAAGGCUCUGGACUAUCUGGCGCACACUCUACGCGGUCUUCUGCGAAACGAGUGGCUUCUGCUACAUUGCCCCCGGCUGCUUUAUCUUCGCGAAGCAGUGAGGCUGCGUCGAUGCCACGCCUGAGAUCAGACAAGCGAGCCAAGACGACGCGCUCGCGCCUGAUCCACAAGGCGGCGGCUGACAAGUUUCUGGAUGCGCUGAGGUUGAUGCAUGCCUAUUGCAUGCCAUGUACCAUUCGCCAGUCUCAAGCCGUCUGGAAACCUCAACAUACCUGUCCCGAAUCAGACGACACGUGCACCCGGUGCCAUCUCGCAGGGCACAGUGCCGAUGAGUGCAACAUUGAUUUUGAAUCUGCCACACGAGAGUGUUGCAUCAGAUGUGGCAUGCCAUCUAGGAUUGGCGGCCACACCUUGAAGCAUCUGCCGGGCUGUGCACUCGAUAAAGGCCUUGGACGAGUCUUGAGCUCCAUCGUCCUCCUUGCCGACUGUCAUCCGCGGCUGCGCCAACUGGCCAAGCGGAUGGGAUACAAUCUUCAGCCCGGGACGCUGCAGACGCGACAUUUUCGCGAAAGAUUUAUCGCAUGGCUGUACAUGGAAGACAAGCAUCUGCCGGCAGGCCAUUGGCACCUUGUGGAGUUUGUGAUUGAAAGCGUUGAGAUUUUGAUUGGAGCAGCUGCAAGGGCUGUGAUAUGA